UCUUUUCUUUCUCAGUCUGCUCUUUGGUCACUGAAAAAAAAAAAAAAAAAAACCGCAGCAGAAGCUUCCAAAAACACCUCGUGUAACACUCUUGCUCUUGUCUUGUGGUGUUCAUUGCAUUGAGAAGCUUCGUGAGUUUGGCUUAGAUUCAACCCACAUUGUCUUCGUUGCCGAGAUGGUUGCAAAGGAAUUCACUGUUGAUUUGAAUAAACCCCUUGUCUUCCAGGUUGGUCACCUUGGAGAAACUUAUCAGGAGUGGGUUCACCAGCCUAUUGCGAGCAAGGAAGGUCCUCGAUUUUUUGAGAGUGAUUUUUGGGAGUUCUUUACCCGCACUGUCUGGUGGGCAAUUCCAACCAUAUGGCUGCCAGUCGUAUGCUGGUGCAUCACAAUGUCUCUACAUAUGGGGCACACACUUCCCCAAAUAGCUUUAAUGGUUGGUUUUGGUAUUUUUGUGUGGACAUUUCUGGAAUACACUUUGCACCGUUUCCUUUUCCACAUUGAAACAAAGAGUUAUUGGGGAAACACUAUACACUAUCUUCUUCAUGGCUGCCACCACAAGCACCCUAUGGAUGGCCUACGACUUGUUUUUCCACCUGCUGCAACUGCUGUACUAUGCAUACCAUUUUGGAACCUGGUUAAACUUUUAGCCACUCCCUCCACUACUCCUGCUUUGUUCGGAGGUGGUUUGCUUGGGUAUGUUAUGUACGAUGUCACCCACUACUACCUACACCAUGGUCAGCCCACCAAACAAGUUCCUAAAUGCCUUAAGAAAUAUCACUUGAACCAUCACUUUAGGAUUCAAAAUAAGGGCUUUGGGAUCACUUCAGCGUUUUGGGACAGAGUUUUUGGAACCCUUCCUCAAACGAAAGCAGCUGAGAAGACCAGAUAAUUUAGUUGGCAAGAACAGCAAACAUUGAUUGGUUACAACCUGUGAGGUCCAGGUCCGGAUUGAGGGUUUAAACAAUUUUUUCGUGUGCUUCCAUUUAUUCUGUAGCAUGUUGCUCUAGUCUGGAUGAAGUCUUGUGGGGUUGGCAUCUCAUCUCAUGGAUGGUAUCCUAUCUCUAUACAUUGAGUUGUUUGUGUAAAUGAAUUAAUUGAGUAGUGUUCCCAUUGUUUUCAAUUGUUUAUGGACCGUAGCUUCAACAAAACAAAACCUCUUUCUUUAUUUCACUUUGAAUUUCCCAAUUAUUUUGUAGGAAAAUGAUUGUGCUUUUAAAAAAUCAUUGCUAUUACACUUCUUAUAGGCUACUGGUCGCUGGGAAAUGAUUUGGCAAGAGGUUUU